AUGGAAUGGGGUAUUAAUUUGCUAUUCUCCAGUGCAUAUGUUGAGGAGCUAGAAGAGCGCAUCAAACAAAUGGACGAUCAGUUACAGCAGCUGCGUCGGGGUGAAAGCCUGCCUCAGCCGAAUAAUCGAGAAUCGCCAGUCCCUGUGGAUGUUACCAGACCAUCCGGGCUUGAUCGUUCUGAAUCAGAGGAAAGCAUAUUUUCUGCUCCUCGAGCUCCUGAUGAUAGAUCCUCCGGCAGUCCACAAAACUCUGACCAGCCGUCGUAUUUCCUUCGAGCGCACGAUGGCAAGAUGCGCUUCUUUGGGGCGUCCUCUGGAUUUGGUAUCCAUUGCUCUCGGGAAGCCAGUCAGUCAAAGACUGGACGGCCCAGGCUAGGCUGGGGAAAUGUAGCCAGACGGAAUGCCACUCAGUGGCCAUUAACAAACUGGGUUCCCCGAAUACUCCAAGACAGCAUUGAGAAACGUAUCACCCAGCCUCUACCGUCAAAGGAGACUACACGGGCUCUAGUGGCCGAGUUCCGUACUACCUUUAACCAAGUCAUCCCACUUGUUGAUGAUACGUCACUCACGCAGUUAAUAGAGAGGCAAUUCUCAUGGAACCCGGACGAGAGCCCUUCAUCGUGGGUCUUGAUCAACGUUGUCCUUGCCUUUUCUUACAGGGGGCGGGCACAGUCAUCGACACACGAAAGUAGCGACUACUGGAGGAUGUCGCUAGGCCAUAUCAAAAACGCUUUAAACGUGUUGGUCGAGCUUUUACUUCGCAAUGCAGAUCUUCCCACCGUUCAAGGAAUACUGGGAUUAGCCAUCUAUUUCCAGGGCACACCAAACGCCCAAGCCCUAUUCAUGCUUGCGGCAUCGGCAAUGCGCCUUGCUCACUCGAUCGGGUUGCAUAGAAACACCACAGCUGACUUCAGUCAAUCCGAGAUUGAAGAGCGACGCAGGACUUUCUGGAUCGCAUUUAUUCUGGACGCUGAUAUCUCCAUACGUGUGGGCCGCCCGCCGGUCCAGGAUAUGGAAGACUACAGUACACCCCUGCCAGCUGAAUCACCACACGACUGUAGAGGUAUCAUCUCGAUCGAUGGAACAUCCAUUAACUUUUUCCGCCUCCUCACGCAAUUUGCGAUUAUUCAACGGCAGGUCUACCGGCAUCUCCAGACUGUAGUCGUCACCAAGCAGCCCAAAGAGAUAGCCCUUGAGUCUGCAUUGGCUUGCGAAAAGGCCCUUUUGCAGUGGAGAUACUCAUUCCCUGAUAUAUUGCAACCUCAGCACCCAUCUCCGUCCGAGGCUCCUUACGCCCAUCUACAUGCCUUGCGCUUAUGUCUUGCGUACCAUUGCUGCUACGCCAGUCUCCGCCAACUCCCUCUGGUCUCUCCUACUCUAGACAAUCCCAGAUCCCAGGAAAACCUUACAGAGGUCGAUAAGGACAUAGCCGCGCUUUGCCUCCGCUCACUGGCCUCUGCACGAUCUGCGCUGCGCCUUCUUCCACACCUGCGCGUGCUCGGGCCCAGCCACAAAUGGAACGUGCUCUACUUCUUCGCAACAGCAUCCGUGGCUCUAUCAUCCGAGAUCCGGAUUCAUCCUACGCACGGGCUCGCGAAUGAUGAUUUAGCCAUGGCCCACGAAGCCGUCGAGUUCCUUACAGCCGUCUCGCAUGAGGAACCCGGUACAUAUGUCGACUUUAUCUUGAGCGUGUGUUCGGAUUUAGAAAUUUCUGCUAGGCGGGCUAUCCACGAGGCACGCGACGCGCCAAUCGGAACAGAUGAUAAUGAUGUUGUCGAUAUACCUGGCAAUAUUGACUUCGCGGGGCAGCAGCAACAGCAGCAAUUUGCCAACUACUCUGAAAAUUAUGGCAGACUUUUCAAUAGCGACCCUGCUGGGCUUCUUACAGAUCCUAACUGUGACUUUCUCAACUCGCAGUGGUUUGCUCCUCCGUUUUGGAAUUGGCAGGAUAUGAUCAUCGGCGUGCCUGACUCGCCUGAAAUCAAUAGACGGACGGAUGACUUCACGUGA